UCGACCACAUCGGAAGAUCUGUUUACUUGCACUUGAGUGGGACUGACGUGACAGUUGGUGGUGAUUUAAGAAAAGGAUUUUAUCUGAAGCUCUUGGUACACUUCUUGAUGAAGGAUGUCUGCCAAAGCUAUUUAUGAAGCCAAAGGCAAAGAACUUCUCAACAAGUUCCUGAAGGACACCGCUGUUGGAAACCGUGUUGCCACGGUGACGGAGGAUGUCACAUGGAGCACCCUGGCUCAGGAACAUCCCUGGCUGUUGACUGAGAAACUUGUAGUAAAACCAGACCAGCUGAUUAAACGGCGUGGGAAGCUGGGAUUAAUUAAAGCUGGAACUGACCUAGAGGGUGCCAAGGAGUGGCUGAGUCACAAGCUAGGCAAAGAUUUCCAGAUUGGAGCUGCUCGUGGUAAACUGAGGAACUUUGUCAUCGAACCAUUUAUCACACAUACACAGGAUGAAGAGUUUUAUGUUUGUAUAUACUCACACAGACAUGCAGAUAGUAUCCUCUUCCACCACGAGGGUGGUGUGGACAUCGGUGAUGUUGAUGCCAAGGCAGUUAAAUUGGAGGUGCCAGUUGGGGAGGAUUUGACCACAGAAGCUAUCACCUCCACGCUACUUGUAAACGUUCCUGCUGCAGCCCACAGUGUACUAACAGCAUUCCUACUAGCCCUUUAUGAGGCCUACAAAGACCUACACUUUACUUACCUGGAGAUCAACCCACUUGUGUUUACGGGAGGAAAGAUCUACAUCCUAGACCUGGCAGCUAAGAUUGACCAGUGUGCAGAGUACCUGUGUAAGGCUAAAUGGGGAGAAAUGUCCUUCCCUCCGCCCUUUGGUAGGGACGCACUUCCUGAGGAAGCAUAUAUAGCUGACCUUGAUGCUAAGAGCGGUGCUUCUCUAAAGCUGACCAUUCUCAACAAAAAGGGACGGAUCUGGACUAUGGUUGCUGGUGGUGGAGCCUCGGUGAUAUUCGCAGACACUAUAUGCGACCUAGGAGGAGCUCCAGAGUUAGCUAAUUACGGCGAGUAUUCCGGAGCACCCAGUGAACAACAGACAUACGAGUAUGCUAAAACAAUCCUUGGUUUGAUGACACAAGAAACUCAUCCUGAUGGUAAGAUCCUGAUAGUUGGAGGUGGAAUCGCCAACUUCACCAAUGUCGCUGCCACAUUUAAGGGAAUUGUGAGAGCAUUGCGAGAGUUCCAACAACAGCUGAUCGAAACAAAGACCAGCAUCUAUGUGAGGAGGGCAGGGCCUAACUACCAAGAGGGCCUGAGGAUCAUGAGGGAAUUAGGUAACACUCUAGGAGUGUCUAUCCAUGUAUUUGGACCAGAGACACACAUGACCUCUAUUGUCAGUAUGGCUCUUGGCAAGCGAGAGAUCCCGGAUAACCCUAAACCCAUGCAGACCACAGCCAAUUUCCUCCUACCUACUGGUGGGUCAAAAGCGUCUUUACAGUCCCCCUCCAGUAGCCGGAGAAGUUCAGUGGUGGAAGGCAGAUCACCGUCAAAGUCGUCGGACUCUGUGGGCGGUACCACCCAGAAGUCGACCACACAGGGUAACACAGGACCCUUGUUUACGUACAAGACAAAGUCUAUCAUAUGGGGCAUGCAGCAACGUGCCGUACAAGGCAUGCUGGACUUUGAUUACGUCUGCUCACGUAAAGAGCCAUCUGUGGUAGCCAUGAUCUAUCCAUUCACUGGAGACCACAAACAGAAGUUUUACUGGGGACACAAGGAGAUCCUGGUACCAGUAUAUAAGAGUAUGGCCGAUGCCAUGGCAAAGCACAAAGAGGCUGAUGUUUUAGUCAGCUUUGCAUCCCUUAGAUCUGCCUAUGAGAGCACCAUGGAAACUCUGAAUUUCCCUCAGAUUCGAACCAUAGCCAUCAUAGCAGAAGGAAUCCCUGAGAAUUUGACAAGGAACCUCGUGAAGAAAGCCAUUGAGAAAGGUGUAUCUAUCAUAGGUCCAGCUACAGUUGGUGGUGUGAAGCCUGGAUGUUUUAAGAUAGGUAACACUGGAGGUAUGCUGGACAAUAUUCUGGCCUCUAAACUCUACAGACCAGGCAGUGUGGCAUAUGUAUCAAGAUCUGGUGGCAUGUCCAACGAGCUCAAUAAUAUCAUGGCACUGAACACUAACGGAGUGUACGAAGGAGUGGCUAUAGGAGGCGACAGGUAUCCAGGGACGACCUUUAUGGACCAUAUUCUACGAUACCAGGAUGAUCCUGAAGUCAAAAUGAUUGUCCUUUUGGGAGAGGUUGGCGGGACAGAGGAGUAUCACAUGAUCAAUGCCAUGAAAGAGGGCCGUAUCAACAAGCCUGUGGUCGCCUGGUGCAUAGGUACCUGUGCUAAAAUGUUCACGUCGGAGGUCCAGUUUGGCCAUGCCGGGGCGUGUGCCAAUGCCGAGUCGGAGACAGCUGAUGCCAAGAACAAGGCUCUAAAGGCUGCGGGAGCAUUUGUACCGAGGAGUUUUGAUGAGCUUGGAACUGUCGUCAAAGAAGUGUAUGACAGUCUUGUCGAGGAUGGAAUCAUCAUACCACAGCCAGAACAGGCCCCUCCCACAGUUCCUAUGGACUUUACAUGGGCCAGAGAGCUUGGUCUGAUCAGAAAGCCAGCUUCCUUCAUGACGAGUAUUUGUGAUGAACGUGGCCAAGAGCUGUUGUAUGCUGGGAUACCUAUCACCGACAUCUUCAAGGAGGACAUGGGUAUAGGGGGUGUCCUUAGUCUGCUCUGGUUCCAGCGCAGACUGCCCAAGUAUGCGACAAAGUUCAUUGAGAUGUGCUUAAUGGUAACUGCUGACCAUGGCCCAGCUGUAUCUGGGGCCCAUAACACCAUUGUGUGUGCCAGGGCGGGCAAAGAUCUGGUGUCCUGUCUCGCCUCCGGGCUGCUGACAAUUGGAGACAGGUUUGGUGGCGCCUUGGAUGCAGCAGCCAAACAGUUCAGUGAUGCACACCUAAGUAAAAUGAUUCCUAUGGAAUUUGUUAACACAAUGAGAAAGGAAGGGAAACUCAUCAUGGGCAUCGGCCAUAGAGUCAAAUCGAUCAACAACCCCGAUAUGCGAGUUGUGAUUCUGAAGGACUAUGCCAAGAAGAAUUUCCCAGCCACACCUCUUCUGGAUUAUGCCAUUGAGGUGGAGAAAAUAACAACAUCUAAGAAACCGAAUCUCAUCCUAAAUGUUGACGGCUUUAUUGGAGUAGCCUUCGUAGACUUGCUGACAAACUGUGGCUGUUUCACCAGUGAGGAAGCCAGGGAGUUUGUAGACAUUGGUGCUCUCAAUGGACUCUUUGUCUUGGGACGUAGCAUGGGAUUUAUUGGCCACUUCCUGGACCAAAAAAGACUGAAGCAAGGUCUGUACCGCCACCCAUGGGACGAUAUCUCCUACAUCAUGCCCGAGACCAUGGGACUGAUGGGUGAUCGCACAGAUCAUGUGUAACAAACAUCAACAUUUAAUGAGAAAUAUGCAAGAAUCUGUUGUGUGAAUAACUAAGAAGGGAACUCCUUUCAGUAAUAACAAAUUAUUGGAAACUGAAAGUAAUUUUGUACUUAAGGAAAUGUGGCAUGUUCUUUACACAAUAUGCUCUGUCUCACAGUAGAUAGUGCAGUGGAAGCAGGUACAAUGAGGACAAUAAUUAGGGACUGCUACAAUCCUCUUUUAUUGUAAGGUUGUUAAGUUUUAGUAUUGUUUAAUUCUCUGAUGUUGAAAUACUGAAAUUUAUCAUCAAAACGUUCAAUAUUUAACAAAUUCCAUUUUUUACACAAAAAAUCUUACAUUUUUCAUUUUCCUUUCGAUUGUUAAUGAAGUUAAGAGUCAUUAACAGCCAAAAUUCUGUAGUAGUUCUGCAAUUAAAAAAUGAUGAAAUGAUUUUGUGCUAAAAUGGGAACUGCAUAAAUAAGAAAUUUCUAUUAUGAUACUGUUUAAAAAAUACUUUGUGAUGAAAAGGCGAAUUUCACAGCAAAUGCUCACGUUUUGUGACAAGUAUGUGUUUUAGUAUUGUUAUUGUUGUGUAACUAUCUGUUUUGCAGACAAUGUGGGAAACCGUUUUUGAGAAUUGUUUUAUAUUGAUGUCAGUUUGGUGACUAAAAUGUUAAAUGAUAACUAAUAUUAUUAUCGUUAUGAAGUAGCAGUCAUGUGACCUGUCUUGUUACAAAUUCAGAUGUAUAAUUUGUGUUACAGUUAUCAACUGUAUUAGACUUUGUAUAGUAAAACUUGGUACAUGUAUAUGUUCCAGGAAAUCACAAUCUUCGAAAUAUUGUCCCUCCAUUUUGUGUAGGCUGUUAUUUUUACAAUUUUUUGUAGCUUGUCUUGAAAUUGAACAUUUGCAAAAUUACACUGUAUUUAGAGUAUUUAUGAGGUAAUCAUUUAGACCAUUUAUCAGAUAGAAAAUUAGUAACCUCUGCAGAUGGAAAAAUAUUUAUGUGACAGAUAUUUGAAUAUUUAUGUGAUAACUAUUUUAAUAUUUGAGAUCAUUAUUUAUAUCUACCAUAUAUUAAAGAACUUGGCACAAUGUGGAUUAGAUAUAAAAUUGUACUACACCCAAUGUAUAGCAUAAGAAAUAAAUCAUUUGAAUUUUGUUGUAGAUCACAUGACUUCUUUUUCGUCCAAUCAUUUUAAAGAUAUACAAUAUCUGUGUGUCUGUCUCACCUUUUCUGGUGCUUAUGAAAACAAGAUGGAUGUUGUGCAUGUACUUGGAUUGUAUAUUUGUUUAAUAACUUAUUUAAGUAUAUAGUUUAUAUGUUGGGGUGAUUUUUUAAGUUUGAAGGUUUAGCAUCUGGUGGGAAAUAAGAAGCUAGAUUGUGAAUCAUAAUGGUAUAUUGAAUUCAUAUUUGAAAUUUCAAUGCUGUUUUCUAAAAUCAAACAUUUAGCAGCAGAUAACAAACAACUUAUUAUAUCAUAAUAAAAGUGUGUAUUGUAGUUAUGAAAAGUCAUGUGUCCAGUUAUUUAUGGUGUUUUAAGAUUUGUAUUUAAAGUAUUCAGAGUAUAUGUAUUUGUGACAUAUUUAUUUAUUUCUCCUUUUUUUUUAUUUAAUCAGAGUGUCUCAUCACAAAUUCAAUAUCAUAUUCUCCCUUCUCAGGCUAGUAUAUUCUUCAUCCAGUAUUUUAUGGUGUAGACAAAAUACAUCUGUUGAACUGGAAGCAUUUUGUGUAAUCCUCUGAAACAGAUACAUGUUACAUGUAUCAAAAUACAGAACCAGCCUCAUUGACACAUCAUUUUGACUUGAUAUUAAUUGACACAUCAUUUUGACUUGAUAUUAUUGUAAAUCCAUAAGAAAAUUAAACAAUUCCAAUGUUUUUGUUCACUUUCUAAAAUAUCCGUCUUUGUCAAAUUAUGGCGAGGGUCUAGAGAGGAUCUGCUUUUAAGAAUCUUAAAAAUAUCAUAAAGUUACACAAACAAUAAUGCAUAUGUACCCAGAAAUUAUUUUCUUCCAAUGAAAAAAUGCUCAAUUUAUAGAAAUUUCUGGAAAAGACUAUACCAGGGGUAUUACAAAAAUGUCACAUUUUCAUUUUGAAGAUUUUUAUCUUUCAAUAAUCCAUGUACACUACCGAGACUAAAAGCAUUUAAUAUGAUGACAUAACGCAUGCAUAAAGUCCAUAUUAAGGGGAGGGAAGUCGUAAUUGAAGCGCUACGAAAACAGAUAGGCCACGUUUUUGUGAGGAUAUCAAUAAUGUUUUUUUUUAUUUAUCACUAUAUACUAUACUAAUGUUUUGUUUGAAAAUCAUCUAUUGUUUAUUUUUCCCUGCAUAUUAUUUUCUACAGAAUCAGAAUUUGCAAUAAUCAACUCUUUGUGCAAUUUACUUUCAGUAAUAUUACAUUUAAACAUAGUUCUUAUACAACACCUAUAUUCGUUCUUUAAAAAUGUUAAACAACAAAAACAUAACAUGUGUUCCAUUUACUGUGCUGAAGUUACAUUAAGGACUAGGGUUAGUCCCCGAGGAAGGUGAAGUGUUCGCUCUCAAUCCCUCCUUCCGAAUGAGUUAUAUGCAGAAGCUGGAAAAAUAAUUUUCUAUAAUAGUACAUCCAGGGAUGUACAUACAUGCAUCCCUUGCACAUGAAAUUAAGAUUUAAAAAGAAAAGAAAAGGAAUUACAAUCAGGUUUAUUUUCGACGUUAGAAUUAAUUCAAGGGAGAUAACUAUGAUAUAUAGUCUUGUAAUUGAUUGAAAAAAAUAGAAACUUAAAUUUGUUAUUAAAGGUGCGAGGGAUUUCUUCUCAAAACCUGUUUAGUGCCACUUAAGCGUGAGAUCGGCAUGAUAAAUUCCAACAGAACUGAGAAGAGAUUUUUUUUAUUAACACUAGUUAAUGUCCUUCAUUCAAACCAUGAACAAUUGUACUCUAGUUAUUUGUGUGUAUGGCAUUUAUAUUUUACUUAAUAUUUUUAUAUUUUGUAGAUUUUUUUUUUAUUUUAGAUUUUUUUUCAUUACAAAUUGUGCUUACAAAGCUUUGUCAUCUUACUUUGUAUUGUUUACACACAUAUCAAGCUUACAGGUAUCAUGCUCUUAUCGUCUUCUUAGACUUUAGAAAUAAAAAUAUAUGCAAAAGCAUUUUUAACUCAUAAACAAGAACUUGUUUCUGAAGAUAAAUUAUGUUUAGAACAGUUAACACAUAGAAGCGUCUGUGAUUUGUCAUGCAAUACCUAUAUGUAGUACCCUCUAAAUACACACUAUCAUAUUGUCAUUGGACCUUGGGUUGUGGGAUGGUGAAAUCCCUGGCUUUAUUCCACAAUCCAUACAUCCUAUUCACAAGAACUUCUGGUAUGAUAUUCUAUGAACAAACUCAUUUAAGGAACUUUCAAUGUCUCCUAUAAUGACGAAAUUCAUUUAGAAACUAUAUAUACUUUCUGGACAACUUGUCAUUGUACUUCUGUGAUCUCAUGUAGCCCUGUGAUUGACAAAGAGUCAAAAUUUCCUACGGGAAGUCUUGAUAAAUAUCAAUAUAUAGGUAUAUACAUACAGUAUUUUGACUGCUUGCAUUUCAAUUAACAGGAGUUAUUUGAUUUAGAUUGUGUUCUGGAGGUGCGAGAGUGACUUCUUUGGUCACAUACAAAAUGUGUAGAAUUAUAUUUGAAAAUUAAAUGCAGUCAUUGCUAUAAGAAAACAUAAACUUUGAAGACUUUGUACUCAGUCUGUACAUCUCUCCACCAGGGGUAAGUUUGUCUUGUACUACCUGUCUGUAAACCACUCGUUGUACUUAGUGCUUUAAAGUAGUAUGCAAAGAGGGCAUUGUACAAUAAAAUCUGGAUGAAAA